AUGCUCGGACGAACUUGGGGACCUGCUGCGCGGUCCGUGAGAAAUCAAGUUCAAUCUAAAUCCCGUUUCGUGAACUCUCGCUUUCAAUCCACCGCGUCCCAUGGAGCCUCUACUGGUAGCAAUUCUGCCUUGGUUGGUGGAGUCGCUGGUGGAGUUGUUGCCUUUCUUACCGGGUACACCUGGUACCACUUCUCCGGAGUCAAGACGCUCGUAAACACCAACAAGCAGAUGCAAGACUACCUCGAAAACGCCAAACAAACAAUUGCACAGAAGGCGCCUGAACCAAAUGAGGCAUUCCGCUGGUUGAAAGAUACGGUCAAAAGCUAUGCUGCCUUCAUCCCCGGUGCUCGCGGCUACGUUGACACCGCAUUCGACGACCUCGAAAAGAUCCGGAAUGAUCACGAAAAGGAGUUCGACCAAGUGGUCAAGGACGCCUAUAAUGAGCUUGUUGAUAUCUCGAAGGAGGGAUUUACUACUGCUUCCGCGUCCAAGUCUUUGCAAGCCCUGCAAAAGUAUCUCAAGCGUCUAUUCGACCUGGCUGGCGACGCUGCGGAGAGUGUUCUGGACAACCAUCCUCAGUUGAAGGAAAAGGUCGGUGGCAGCUUCGAUCAGCUGAAGCAGAUGGGCGAUACCUAUGGCCCCCAAGCGAAGGAGGAGGUGAACAAGACUUGGGAACAAAUCUCCAACAUUAUACAGCGCGGCGCUACCGUCGAUUCAGCACAAGAGAUUAAAAAUUUGAUUCAAGACAAGAGGAAUAAGCUUCAGACACUUGGAGACCAGGCGUGGCAAAAGGGCCGCGAGGAGUCCCAGGAGUAUCUCGACAAAAACCCCAAGCUCAAGCAAUUGAUCGAAGAGAACGCCGAUUCCCUGAAAAAAGGAAAUUUCACGGAGCUAUGGGGCCUUGUCAAGGACAGUGCGUCUUCAGGAAAGACAGAGAACGUGGAGAAGUACGUCAAAGAGAAGGUCGAGGAAGCGAAGACCACCGACUUGAGCGAUCUGGACAAAUGGCUCAACAUGAUACCGGGUGGUUCAACCAUGAUCCCCCAGUUACAGUCGCUGCAGACAAUUGCCCAGAAGAAGGGUAGCGAGGCAGAGAAUGUCCUCAAGGAGACCCUUGAGGAGCUCCAAAGUGUGUUAGAAAAGCGAAAGAAACAGGUGGAGAAGAUCGCCGAGGAAGGAAAGAAGGAGAGCGAAUGA